UGCCUUCCUGUCAGGCGAAAGAGGCGUUUCGUUAAAGGCCAGAUGUAUUUUUAAGUGAAUGUAUCUUCUACUCCGGACACACUUCAGCUGACCAGGUGUUGCUGUCUCGUGGAUCCCGCUUAUUAAGAACGAUGUCGAACUCCAUUAAAAACAUCGCGAUAUUUGGAGCCACGGGAAUGACCGGGCUGGCGACCCUGCCGAUAGCAGUAGCUGCAGGAUACAAUGUGACGGUGCUGGUGCGUGACCCCGCCAAGCUGCCUGAUGACCACAAGGCAUCCAGAGUGGUGGUGGGAGAUGUGCUCAAGAAAGAGGACGUAAAGAAGACGUUGGAGGGCCAGGAUGCUGUUAUUAUCAUCUUAGGCACCAGGAACGACCUCAGCCCAACUACCAUGAUGUCUGAGGGCACUAAGAACAUUGUGGAAGCUAUGAAGGCGCGUGGAAUCCGCAAAGUGAUCGGCUGCAUGUCAGCCUUCCUUCUGUGGGAUCGCUCCAAAGUGCCGCCACGUCUGGUUCCUGUGACGGAGGACCACGACAGGAUGUACACCGUACUGAAGACAUCAGGGCUGGACUAUGUGGCUGUCAUGCCUCCUCACAUUGGAGGUGACCUUCCUCUGACAGAGAAUUACGUGGUGACAGAGAACAUGCUAAAGGGAAGAGCCAUCUCUAAACACGAUCUGGGACAUUUCUUCGUCAAGUGUCUCUCCACGUCAGAGUGGGACGGCAAGACUGUGGGAGUGUGCGGAGAGUACAAAUAGUCCUGUGGAGCACACUGCUUAUGCCCCGUUUAAAAUCACUUCCUGUUAUUGAUGUUGAGCGAUGAAUGAAGGGAAGAGUUUUGUGUUGAACUGCUAGUGUGUGGGGUUUUUUUCCUUGCUUCGGUCUUUUCUAUUCCCUUUCGUAAUUAUGAUUUAGCAGCGUUUGCUUGGUGUUCCUUUCUUAUAUUUUCUUUCAUUAUUAGCUGCAUAUAUGAUCAUCUUUUUAAAAAAAAAAACAGGUGCCAAACCUGUAGUGUUACUUCAGCUCUUUAAUUGCUUCUGUCUUUUCACUUCUGCACAUCAAUCAUUACAUCAUGAGAUGCUUCUUACUGUUCUCACCAUUGUCCUAAAAAUAAAAGACUUUACUGUACUAAAA